CCAGCCUUCAACAGCAACCCGCGGCCCCUUCUUCCUCUCCCCUGCUCUUCGCCUCCUCUCUAUAUAUACCCUUCUCUCUCUCACCCCUCAAUCAAACCCAUCGCAGUUCUCGAGAGCAUUUGAGGGCCAUAAAGAAGUUUCUUCCGCUUCCGCAGAGAGAGAGAGAGAGAGAGAGAGAAGAAGAAGAAGAGGAAGAUACCCUCAAAGCUCUCUUAUUAUCUGCAGAAGCGUCGAUCUCUUUUCGCUGAUCUUGUAUUCGACAAUGGCCCGAUCGCUCUCCUCCGCUAAGCUCCUCUCCGCCGCCGUCGUCGAUGGAGUCGCCUCAUCCAUCAAAAGGCGCGGUUUCUCUGCAGCAGCGUCCCAAGGAGUUGUGAGAACUGGGGGUGGAAGCAGCCCCGUGAUGACGAAGAAGGCUGGGGAGGAGAAGGCGGGAGCCGCGGCGCACAAGGUCUCGUGGGCGCCCGACCCCAAGACUGGAUACUACAGACCGGAGAUCGGGGCCGAGGAGAUCGACGUGGCCGAGCUGCGGGCGGCCCGCCUUAAGCAGAAGAACUGAUAUAAUAAUUACAAUUGAAGCGGAUGGAAAGAUCCAGGAAGAUGAUGAGACUUCGAGGAGAAGCUCAGAUCCUGAGAUGCCGCGACUCGUCUCGUAUUCGGCUUGCCGAUUUAACAACAUAAAGAAAAAAUGUAGUGAUUUUUUUCUUGUUUGUUUCGAAUUCGAAUCGGUCAAGUUGUGGCUCACUGGUGGAAUGAACCCGGUUGAUCUUUAACUUUACGCUUCUGUCCUGUUUCUUUCAUGGAGCAGAACGAGUUGUAACCUGAGCUUUUCGUGUUUCUGAAUAGAUUAAUCGAUCCGUUUAGUGUUUCUCUUUUUUCCUUUCUUUAUUAAUUGAAUGAAAUAAUGAAU